CGGAUGUGAACCGAGCACCGUGCAAAAAGCCGAUCCGGGAGAAGCGCUUAAACACAAACGCUAGCAUGGAGGAUUUCUCAGAAGAGCACUGCCACAUGAACUUGGCAUUUGUUUCAACAAAUGAUGGAAGAAAACAUUAACUAACGUCCAUUUCACCUAAAGAAGUGGGUCAGUAGUUGGACUCUUCACUGACAAAGCAGCCCGUUUGUUCCUUGAGUCCCCAUUCACCUGCUGGCUUAGCAGUUUAGAGCCACUUAAAACUUCUUCCUGGGACCUGGGUGCUCUUGCCGCGCUCUCCUGCUGUCAAAGCUGGUGAUGUCAAGAGUACCGAGUCCUCCUCCCCCCGCGGAAAUGUCAAGCGGGCCCGUGGCUGAGAGCUGGUGUUACACUCAGAUUAAAGUCGUAAAGUUCUCCUACAUGUGGACAAUCAACAAUUUCAGCUUCUGCCGUGAGGAAAUGGGUGAAGUCAUCAAGAGCUCAACAUUCUCCUCUGGAGCCAACGACAAGCUUAAAUGGUGUUUGCGAGUGAACCCCAAGGGCCUGGAUGAGGAGAGCAAAGACUACCUGUCCCUGUAUUUGCUCCUGGUCAGCUGUCCAAAGGCGGAAGUCCGUGCCAAAUUUAAGUUCUCCAUCCUCAAUGCCAAGGGAGAGGAGACCAAAGCCAUGGAGAGCCAGAGGGCCUACCGCUUCGUUCAGGGCAAGGACUGGGGCUUCAAGAAGUUCAUCCGCCGAGAUUUCCUGCUGGAUGAGGCCAACGGGCUGCUCCCUGAUGACAAGCUCACCCUCUUCUGUGAGGUGAGUGUCGUCCAGGACUCUGUCAACAUCUCGGGUCAGAACACCAUGAACAUGGUGAAGGUACCUGACUGCCGGCUAGCGGACGAGCUGGGCGGGCUGUGGGAGAACUCGCGCUUCACCGAUUGCUCUCUGUGCGUGGCUGGCCAGGAGUUCCAGGCUCACAAGGCAAUCCUAGCAGCUCGCUCACCUGUCUUCAGCGCCAUGUUCGAGCACGAGAUGGAGGAGAGCAAGAAGAACCGUGUGGAGAUCAACGAUGUGGAGCCAGAGGUUUUCAAAGAGAUGAUGUGCUUCAUCUACACUGGCAAGGCACCCAACCUUGACAAAAUGGCUGAUGACCUGCUAGCUGCAGCAGACAAGUAUGCUCUGGAGCGCCUGAAGGUCAUGUGCGAGGACGCCUUGUGCAACAGCCUGUCGGUGGAGAACGCAGCGGAGAUCCUCAUCCUGGCCGACCUCCACAGCGCCGACCAGCUAAAGACGCAGGCCGUCGAUUUCAUCAACUAUCACGCAGCCGAGGUGAUGGAGACCACUAGUUGGAAGUCCAUGGUAGCCUCGCACCCCCACCUGGUGGCUGAAGCCUACCGGUCCCUGGCCUCCGCACAGUGCCCCUUCCUGGGCCCCCCACGGAAGCGACUGAAGCAAUCAUAGUGAUUACUGUCACCUCAUUGGACCAUUCGCCCACCCACCAACUCCUUACAACCAAUCGAUCUGUUGACUCCGCCCCCAGCCCCCACACACACCAAUUCCAAUAUUAUACAAGGGGAACAUGAACCAGGAUGAGAGCGACAGCAUCAAAAGCCGACUCCACCAGUGCGACUCCCUGCAUUUCCAGGCCUGACAGCUGCCGGUUGUGCCUUUGCUGCACGGAGCAAGAUGACCGAAGGAGAACCAACCAGUGGCUGGCAUGGCGGCCAGGGGACUUUCAGCAAAAAAAAACAAAACAAAAAAAAAAGACGGGUAUAUCGCCAUAUUUGCAGCAUCUAAAACUGAAUAUGAUUACUUAUUUAUAUGAUCUUUUAAGACAUUUCAUGAACACUUUAGUCCCUUGUGUUUCCCUUUUUCAUAAUUAGCCAAUAAUGGACGUCAAUAACAAUACUGGUUGUUUAUGUGGAAGUUUCAGUGUUUUAAGUGUGAAACGAGGUGGAGAAAAGUGCUCUUUUGUAGGGGACCGAAAACUUGGAUGAAACAAGUUUCAGGAGAUACUAGCCUUAGACGUUCCUCAAAAUAGACAAGUAGAGCGCUGUUAUUUAUGUUAAAUAGUAAACACAUAUAAGAAUUGCACUAAUUUCCAUGUUUGCCCAGGUCUCAGCUGUGUGUAUUCAGCGACUGUAAUUGCAGAGUGCUCUAAAACCACACAGAGGCUCUACAGCUUCAAGGAUCCCAUAACAGAAAUGGUGUUCGGGAAGAAGUAUGCAAGGAUGUAUUUGGUUUACUUAGCUAGAGCUCUGUUUGGCUUGGGAUAGUAGGUCAGAGAAUUUGUAUAUCUAUAAAAUAAGAUGACUUGUUGGAAAUUGUAAUUUUUGUGAAAUAUUUGUAAUUUGAUUUUUUUAUAAACUUAUUUUUUUUCCUCUCCUAGCACUUGUGUAGGUUUCUUUGAAAAAGAAAAAUGGAAAAGGAGAGUGUCAAAAUAAGAAAGGAGGGGGGGUGUUCAGAUGUUUGUCAUGUCAUAUGUUGUUCAUUUUGCCCUCUUUUUUUUUCUUUUUUGGAGUUAGAGGAAAGAAAACAUUUUUUAGCAGUUUGUAAAUUAUCAGUGUUUUAUAAAAUGUGUGAAGAAACCUUUUCAUCCUUGAAUUAAUGAGAAAUGCAAGUUUUUAGUUUGGAGAAAAUGAACUGAAUGAACACGUUUUAAUGUUCGAAAUAUCCAAGCUAUUUAUUUAAGAAAAGUACAAAAAAAUCGCCAUCUGAUGUUGCUCCUCCGUUUCUUUUUCUUUAGACGUUAGAUGGGACAUUGAAAUAGUUGUCAAAAAUGUUUUGUUCCUAAAGGAAUAAAUUGCAACUAUUUUGUAUGUUA